AUGUUUGGUGGUCAAGUCACUUUGAUACUGAAUUUGUACGUAUUCAUCCCACAAAGUUCCGCCAGUCAGAACUCGAAAGGUCCUGCUGUGAACAAGACUGUUCAUAUUAGCAACCCCUACUGCGCCGCAGCUUUGGCUCCUACUUCUCUCUACCAACUGACGCGAACACUCUUUUUUGUCACUGAAACCGACGAGGCAGCAGGCGCCAUGCGGUCGGUCACGUUUGAGCUCUGUCUAAAAUUGGAAAGCGAGGCUGAACCUGGCUCUGAGCGCUAG